AUGGAGAUCACACACAAUCUUCUCAAGAAAGGAAUCACUUUCAAAACAUUGCAAUCUAUAGCAGUUCCAUCUCAUGCACAAUGCCCACUUCUGGAACUUCGUACAUACUCGCUUGGAUACAAGUGCCCCACUUUCACUCCUGUAUAUGCUGAUUAUGUUGUGUAUGAACAGUAUCGUCACGAGUUUAUGAAUCAGCCUCAUGCAAGAGCUGCACUUCUUCAUGGGGGGCUUGUAUGGCAGCUAGCUUUACAUAGCAUUGGUUUUGACGCACUUCCCUCAGCUAUCAAUGGCAUUUCACAGGAAGCUGUUCCAUUUGGCCUCAUGUUAUCUGUUAACGGCCAAACCUACUUUGACAAUGAGUUGUUGGAGGAGGAGGUGGAUUUUAUUUGUGGGACGUAUCACAUAUGUGACAAUGCUCGAAAUGUAGCAAAGAUUUCUUGGUGGCCCAGACCUCAGGCUUGGGCUACAUCUGGGUUGAAUGUGGGAUUCUGGUCUACUCAAUGUGAACAAUGGUUCCAGAAACACCUUGACAACAUUCGAGAUGGUGUUUCCCAAAACCGUCAUAUGUCUACCAAUGACAUUAACAGUUUAAUGACCAGCUCACAGUGGAAAACCUCUAUCAAGUUCAAUGCAGGUAUGAAUAAAAUUUUAAAUGAGAAAGAAUGUUGA